UGUUGGUUGAGUCUGUGAAAGAGAGAGAGAAAAGAAGGUAUCUUAAAGAGAGAAGUCGUGAAGGCUCUCUUCUCGAACGAUGCGUUGAACAAAGGGGAGAAAGAAGGCAGGCGAGUGAGACCAACCAACCUUUAAAACAAAACAAUGGCGAAAAUAUCUUUCCUCUCUUCUUAUUCUUCUUCUUCUUCUUCUUAUCACGAUCCUCAUUAUAAACCCUAAUUUUCUCACAGUUUUCUUUCCUCUCUAACAACUUCUCCGAUCUCCGAUACCAUUUUUUUUUUCUCCGGCUAGGGAGAUGACGGAGGCGAGGAAGGUUUUGUAUAUAGUGGUGCGUGACGAAGAAGGUGAUGAUGAUGAUGAUAAUGGAGAUGAUUCGUUUCGGUAUACGCGUCCUGUUUUGCAGAGUACUCUUCAGCUUAUGGGAUGUAAAGCUCGUCACGCCUUCAAGAUCAGCCGUAGGGUGUUUGAGUUAAUAAGAAGUGAGGGAUCUUGUAGUACCUCACCAGAGCAUGGGAAGGAACCUAAAUUCGCAAAAGAAAAUGGUGGUUCAACUUGUGUAGAAAAACUUAAUCGUUUGGUUGCUGAUGAUGUUGAUGUUGACAAGAAUAAAAGUAAACCAUUUGAGAUGUACAAAAGACGGACAACUGUUGUUGUUUCACGAGAAAUAUUCUUAGAUGUUGUGUGUGAUGCCCUGGCUGAGUACAAGUACGUUGGUCGCGACCAAAGGGCAGAUUUGAUUCUGGCAUGCAGAAUCCGAGAAAGGAAAGAAUCUGUAACUGUGUUACUUUGUGGCACCAGUGGCUGUGGUAAAUCUACAUUGUCUGCGUUGCUGGGUAGCAGGCUGGGGAUUACGACUGUGGUAUCAACCGACUCUAUAAGGCACAUGAUGCGGAGCUUUGCUGAUGAGAAGCAGAAUCCUUUGCUGUGGGCUUCAACAUACCAUGCUGGAGAGUGCCUUGACCCUGUGGCAGUUGCUGAGUCAAAAGCCAAAAGAAAAGCCAAAAAGUUGAAAGGCUCUCGAGGUGUAAACUCCAAUACCCUAAAGACGGAUGCUGGAUCAAACUCAAGCACCAAUGAUUUGUUAAGUGAUAAGCAGAUGGCUGUAGAAGGGUAUAAGGCACAAAGCGAGAUGGUGAUUGACAGUCUCGAUAGGCUCAUUACCACAUGGGAAGAGAGGAAAGAAUCGAUAGUUGUUGAAGGGGUCCACUUAAGCCUUAACUUUGUGGUUGGAUCGGUGGAUGAGGAAUCGACAAAGUCAGAUGAAGAGUACGAUGAUCUGGCAAUGGAAGACAAGAGUUACUGGACAGACAACGAAGAAGAAGAAUCUCGAGACACAAUCUCCAUGGUGUCCGAAAACAAUCACAACGAGGCUACAAAGCCCAGCAAAGAUGACAAAUACUCCCAAAACCUCGAUCUCUUCCUCAGGACAGCGAACAAGCCAUUAACUGAAUCCCUUGAGCUCACAAGUGAAUACGGGAACAGAAUGGGAGUACCCACCUCGGAUAAAGCAAAGACGAGGAAACGUUCUCUUAGUAUUCCGGCUCUCAGGAAACAUUGUUCAACCAUAGAUGAUCAGGUUUUGGCUUAAUCAGACCGAUCCAUUUCCUUGAGUGCAUCGUGACCUCUUUACCUGUGUGUGUUGUUUCUUUUUUGGUUUUUUUUUUCGGUUUUUUUUUUCGGUUUUUUUUUUCCUUUCCUUUUUUUUUUUUGUGUUUUAACUUUUAAGCAACUUUUAACCUAUCAGUUAGCUUAGGUUUCCAAAACUGAUUGAAGUGUUUAAAUAAAAUUUGUUAAUCUUA